AUGGCAAAAUUUGAUGCAGCCAAAGCGAUCUUCGCGGGAGUUGAUGCCAAUCAAGAUGGAAAAAUCGAUCGAGAUGAAUUUCAAAAUUGGCUUUCAAUCAGUGCCUUGACGUCUCCUUCAUCGUCACAAGACACAUCAAUCAGUGGAAUCGUGGUGAACAAUGAUUCAGACGGCAGAGCCAAACUAAGUGAAUAUGAUGCGAGUUCACAAAAUAUUGCCGAUUCGACUGCUGGUGGAAAUAACAAUAAGAAUGUAAAUACAGCUUCAGUAACAGUAGGAGCUAAUGAACGAGCCAGUAAAGCAACAAUUGAAACUAGUAGUGUGCAAGAAACAAAUGAAUAUCUCACACGUAUGGCAACGGGUGUCUACAAUGAUCCAAAUCCAGAAAUCAUUCGACGAGCAGCACCCGAAGGACCUAUAGUUUAUCAACAAAAGAUUUUUAUUCGAUUUUUACAACCACCACCCGUUCCACCACCAGGCCCACUGAUUAUCAAAGAAGUACGUCCACAACAGCCACCUCCACCCCCACCGUUAAUCGUCCGACAACGUGCACCUCCGCUUCCAGCACCGCCUCCACUGAUCUUGCGCGAGCGUCCACCAGAGAUACCUGCAUCUGUAGGUAGCGAAACAGUUGUACGUCAUCUCAAGCCUUUACCUGCUCCACCACGAUCUGUGGUUAUCGAGCGUCUUCCACCACCACCACAGAAACCACGCGAUAUUAUCAUUGAACGAUGGAUUCCUUAUGGACCGUUUGCCAAGCGCCGUACGGUAGUUCAACGUGCUCCCCCUCCGAUUCCAUAUCCGCAACCACGUAAUAUCAUCGUAGUUUAUGACGAUGUACAAACGCGUGUAGUUCGCCGAUUUGAACGACUUGGUGUAAUCCGAGAAGAUCCUCAGGCUUAUGUUGCUCGUUAUGGGGCAAGUCUUUUAGAUGCCAGUCAACUUAUUCAGCAAGCACGCAAUGCUGGUGUUGUUGAAGAUUUAUCUCCUCCAGCAGCAGCAGCAUCUUCGGCUCAAUUUACUUCAUCUGCUGUAUUGGCGACAGAUACACAUGAAAUUGCAACUGCGGCUGGUCGAUUUCCUAGUGCGACACAAACUCAACGUUUUUCGUCAUCAUCAUCACCAUCAAGUUCCAAUACUUUCGAUGGACUUCAAGUGGUUGGUGAUCUCGAAGCAAAUAUCUACAACUUGGACGGCAGUACAAAUGUUAGUCCAAGCUAUGCAUCGUCUUUAUCAUCGAAUUUCGUUAAUGACAGUGCUUUAUCUGAGAGCGUUGGUAUUGGUAGCAAUCGAUUAGACACAGCUACAGCUAGAUUUGCUGUUGCUGACACUAAUCGUGACGGACGAUUAAAUCGAACGGAAUUUCAACGAUAUCUUCAAGGUGGAAUUUAA